GAGUUGACGUAAUCUCUCCAGUAAAUCAAGGCAAUCCAUCAAUUCUUCUUUUCGCCUGUGUGCAGAUCAGACGUCCGCCUUCCCAUCUCUACUGGAAAAUAAACUCGUCAAGGGGUCGCCGGCAGCAGUCCAUCCGGCGGAGGAUACCGCUAUAAUGGGUGAUUUCCACCUGAGUGGACUUUACAACAGUUUUCGCGCUUGCGGAUUUUGAUAGAAAACAACACAGCUUGAAACGCCCGCUAGCUAGCGUUAGUUCUCGCCGCUGUCCUGUGGUGUUAUCUUGGUGAAGUCUUCAAACGAGGGAUAUCAAAGGAAUCUUACUUGUGGUCGUUUCUAAACCACAAAGAUGUCGGGGGCAUCUGUAAAAGUUGCGGUUCGAGUUCGGCCCUUCAACUCCAGGGAGACGGGCAAGGACUCCAAAUGCAUCAUUCACAUGCAAGGCAACACUACAACUAUUCUCAACCCCAAACAGCCAAAGGAACCGGCAAAGACCUUCAGUUUUGAUUACUCAUACUGGUCGCACACUACGCCGGAAGACCCCAGCUUUGCAUCACAGAACCGUGUGUUCAAUGAUAUUGGCAAAGAAAUGCUGGCCCACGCGUUUGAGGGCUACAACGUCUGCAUCUUCGCUUAUGGCCAGACAGGAUCGGGCAAAUCCUACACCAUGAUGGGCCGGCAGGACGAGGGGCAGGAAGGAAUCAUUCCCAUGCUUUGUGAAGAUCUAUUCUUUAAAAUCAAUGAUGAGGACAACAAAGAGGAGCUCGCCUACUCAGUAGAGGUCAGUUACAUGGAGAUCUACUGUGAGCGGGUGCGAGAUUUGCUUAACCCCAAGAACAAGGGGAAUUUACGAGUGCGAGAGCACCCUUUACUGGGUCCCUAUGUGGAGGACCUCUCCAAGCUAGCUGUCACCUCCUACACAGACAUCGCUGACCUCAUGGAUGCAGGCAACAAGGCCAGAACCGUGGCUGCCACCAACAUGAAUGAGACCAGCAGCCGGUCCCACGCUGUUUUCACCAUCGUCUUCACACAGAAGAAACACGACAGCAAAUCAGAUCUCUCCACAGAGAAGGUCAGUAAAAUCAGUCUGGUAGACUUGGCAGGAAGUGAACGAGCAGAUUCCACUGGAGCUACAGGUACCAGGCUAAAGGAGGGAGCCAACAUCAACAAAUCCCUCACCACGUUAGGAAAGGUUAUCUCCGCCCUGGCUGAAGUGGAUCACUCUACCAGCAAGAGCAAGAAGAAGAAGAAGACUGACUUCAUCCCGUACAGAGACUCUGUUUUGACAUGGCUGCUGAGGGAGAACCUUGGUGGAAACUCAAGAACGGCCAUGGUAGCUGCCCUCAGUCCUGCAGAUAUCAACUACGAUGAAACUCUCAGCACGCUCCGCUAUGCCGACCGAGCUAAGAACAUCAAAUGUAAUGCUGUCAUCAAUGAGGAUCCCAACAACAGGCUGGUGCGCGACCUCAAGGACGAAGUGUCUCGACUGAAGGAGCUGCUCCGUGCUCAGGGCCUAGGGGACAUCCUAGACAUUGAUCCUAUGGGGGAUGAUUGCCCCGGAAGUGGAAUCAAAUACCUGAAAGACAUUCAGAACAAUAAGCAUAGAUACUUGAUAGCCUCAGAGAAUCAACGCCCUGGCCAUUUCUCCACAGCCCCUAUUGGUUCCCUGACAGCCUCACCGUCCUCUGGCUCGCUGUGCAACCAGGGGGGCCUUCAGUCUGCCACCAGCAUCCAGGAGCGCAUCAUGUCCACCCCUGGAGGAGAGGAGGCCAUCGAGAGACUCAAGGAAUCAGAAAAGAUUAUUGCCGAGCUCAAUGAAACCUGGGAAGAGAAACUGCGAAAGACUGAGGCAAUCCGCAUGGAGAGGGAGGCAUUGCUUGCAGAGAUGGGUGUGGCAAUCCGUGAAGAUGGAGGCACUUUGGGGGUCUUCUCUCCUAAAAAGACUCCACACCUGGUUAACCUGAAUGAGGAUCCUCUCAUGUCAGAGUGCCUGCUCUACUACAUCAAAGACGGAAUUACAAGGGUGGGUCAGGCUGAUGCUGAAAGACGUCAGGACAUUGUUUUAAGUGGUGCUCAUAUCAGGGAAGAGCACUGCGUCUUCCGCAGCGAGAGGAAUCUCAAUGGAAAUGUUGUCGUCAUGCUGGUGCCAUGCGAGGGAUCUGAAACGUACGUCAACGGCAAGCGUGUUGAGGAUUCAAUCCAGCUACGUUCAGGUAACCGUAUCAUUAUGGGAAAGAACCAUGUGUUCCGGUUUAACCAUCCAGAGCAGGCACGAGCUGAAAGGGAAAAGACGCCAACGGCAGAAACCCCCGUGGAGCCGGUUGAUUGGACCUUUGCUCAGAGAGAGCUGCUGGAGAAGCAGGGCAUCGAUAUGAAGCAGGAGAUGGAGAAAAGGCUCACUGAGAUGGAAAUCUUGUACAAAAAGGAAAAGGAAGAAGCAGACCAACUUCUGGAGCAGCAGCGACUGGUGUACGAGAGCAAAUUGCAGGAGCUUCAGAAACAGGUGGAGACUAUUUCUGUGGUUACCGAGACACCUGAUGAAGAAGAGUUGGAGGAGGAUGAGGAGGAGGAGGAGGAAGAGCCUAAACUUCUGGGAUUGCCGUGGACUCAGCACGAGUUUGAGUUAGCUCAGUGGUCUUUCAGGAAGUGGAGGUACCACCAGUUCACCUCCCUCCGCGACCAGCUGUGGGGAAGCGCCGUCUACCUGAAGGAGGCCAACGCCAUCAGUGUGGAGCUAAAGAAGAAAGUCCAGUUCCAGUUUGUCUUGCUGACAGACACUCUGUACUCUCCGCUGCCCCCUGAGCUCGUGUCUCCAGAGCCAGAGAAAGAGCGCGACGCCCGGCCUUUCCCCCGCACCGUGGUGGCCGUAGAGGUUCAGGACCUGAAGAACGGAGCCACACACUACUGGUCCCUCGAAAAACUCAAGCAGAGGCUGGAGCAGAUGAGGGAGAUGUACGACCGCGCUGGAGAAAUGGCCUCCACCAACCAGGAGGACGGAGAGGGCUCUCUGACAGGAAAUGAUCCCUUCUAUGAUCGCUUCCAUUGGUUUAAACUGGUUGGGAGCUCCCCGAUCUUCAACGGUUGUGUAAAUGAGCGCCUGGCCGACCGCACGCCCUCUCCGACCUUCUCCACCACGGACUCUGAGAUCACCGAGCUGGCGGACGAGCGUCAGAGCGAGAUGUCCGACCUGAUGGACGACGAGGCCUUUGUGGACGACACCAGCUCAGAUGCCGGCACCGAGGAGGGCUCGGACAUCUUCAGCGACGGCCAGGACCCCUUCUAUGACCGCUCCCCCUGGUUCAUCCUGGUGGGAAGAGCUUUCGUGUACCUGAGCAACCUGCUGUACCCUGUGCCACUGGUGCACCGUGUUGCCAUAGUAACAGAGAAGGGCGAGGUGCGUGGUUUCCUGCGUGUGGGGGUCCAGGCUAUAGCUGCUGACGAGGAGGCCCCAGACUACGGGUCAGGAGUUAGACAGUCAGGAACCGCCAAGAUUUCCUUUGAUGACGAGUACUUCAAAAAGAAUGACUUUUCCUCCGUGGUGAUGACCCACUCCGACCUGUCCCUGGAAGAGCUGCGCAUUGUGGAGGGUCAGGGCCAGAGUUCAGAGGCCACCACACCCUCAGAGGAGCUCAACAGAAUCAAUGACAUGGAUCUCAAGCUGGGUGACAUGGCUGACCCCAAGCUGAGCUGUGAUGAGGGUCUGGCGGGCCAGCUGGAGGUGGGCAGCAUCUUUACCUUCCGUGUCACGGUGCUCCAGGCCAGCGGCGUCCCACCGGAGUACGCAGACAUCUUCUGCCAGUUCAAUUUCCUGCACCGUCAUGAUGAGGCCUUUUCCACUGAGCCUCUGAAGAACACCGGCAAAGGAGCUCCUCUGGGCUUUUACCACGUCCAGAACGUUUCUGUGGAGGUAACAGAGUCCUUCAUCGAGUACAUAAAGACCAAGCCCAUCGUGUUCGAGGUGUUCGGCCACUACCAGCAGCACCCGCUGCACCUUCAUGGCCAGGAGCUCAUCAGUCCUCCAACACAGUCAAGGAAGUACUACCCUAUUCCCAUGCCUCUCUCUAGACCAGUUCCAGCCACCAAGUUGAACACCAUCACCAAGUCCAACCUGGGUCAGUGUGUCAGCAAAUAUGACCUGCUGGUCUGGUUUGAGAUCAGCGAGCUGGAGCCCACCGGAGAGUACAUCCCGGCUGUAGUGGAUCACAGCGGAGGACUGCCAUGCAACGGCACCUACCUGCUGCACCAGGGGAUCCAGCGCAGGAUCACGGUGACUCUCAUCCAUGAGAAGGGAAGCGAGCUCCACUGGAAGGACGUGCGUGAGCUGGUCGUGGGCAAGAUGUUGAUGAGUUGUGCUGCUCUGUGUCCAUCAGGUCGUAUCAGGAGCAAGGCUGAGGUGGACGACAGCGCUGCUGAUGCUGUCCUGUCCCUCAACAUUAUCUCUGCCAAAAACAUCAAGUCAUCUCACAACUCCAACAGGACUUUCUACCGCUUCGAGGCAGUGUGGGACAGCUCCCUGCACAACUCCCUUCUGCUAAACCGAGUCACUCCUUAUGGAGAGAAAAUCUACAUGACCCUGUCUGCAUAUCUGGAGCUGGACCACUGCAUCCAGCCUGCUAUUAUUACCAAAGACAUCUGCAUGGUCUUCUACUCAAGAGACGCAAAGAUCUCCCCCCCACGUUCCCUCAGGAACCUCUUCGGGAGUGGAUACUCCAAAACCCCUGACUGCAAUCGCGUCACUGGCAUCUACGAGCUGAGCUUGUGUAAGAUGUCCGACACAGGCAGCCCAGGGAUGCAGCGGAGGAGGAGGAAGAUCCUGGACACAUCGGUGGCCUACGUGCGUGGAGAGGAGAACCUGGCUGGCUGGAGGCCCAGAGGAGACAGCCUCAUCCUGGAGCACCAAUGGGAGCUGGAGAAAAUGGAGCAGCUGCAUGAGGUGGAGAAGACCCGCCACCUGCUCCUGCUGAGGGAGAGGCUGGGAGACGAUGCUCCUGUGGGAACAGCCCCCCCCACCAAGUCCCUGAACGAGCUGCUGUCCCCCAGCAUGAGCACCGGCAGCCUGUCCACCUCCACCUCCAUCUCCUCGCAGAUCUCCAGCACCACCUUCGAGAGCGCCAUCACGCCCAGCGAGAGCAGCGGCUACGACUCGGCCGACAUCGAGAGCCUGGUGGAUCGUGAGAAGGAGCUGGCUACUAAGUGCUUGCGCCUCCUGACACAUAGCUUCAACAGUGAAUACAACCAAUUGGUCAACAGCAUCAGUGACUGCAAGCUGUCUGACAUCUCCCCAAUGGGACGGGACCCAUCAGUCCAGAGCUUCAGCAGCGCCACCCUCACCCCCUCCUCCACCUGCCCCUCUCUGUCCGACUCACGCUGUGGAUCCAUGGACCAAAAGACCCCAGAGAACAGCUCCCGUGCCUCCAGUCCCUCCUGCUCGGACUAUGAAAACUUCCCCAUGGUUCCCAGUCCGGAGACGUCCUACCUAGCACGCGCUGGAAAGAAAGAGUUCCUCAACUUGGUGCCUGAUAUUGAAGAAAUGAGGCCAGGAUCUGUAGUUUCCAAAAAAGGUUUCCUAAGCUUCAUGGAGCCGCGCUCCAACUCGUGGGUGAAGCACUUUGUGGUUGUGCGCCGCCCCUAUGUCUUCAUCUACAACAGCGACAAGGACCCGGUGGAGCGGGGGGUCCUCAACCUCUCCACAGCUCAGGUGGAGUACAGUGAAGACCAGCAGGCCAUGCUCAAGACUCCCAACACAUUUGCUGUGUGCACAAAACACAGAGGAAUCCUCCUGCAGGCCAACAACGAGAAAGACAUGAACGACUGGCUGUACGCUUUUAACCCCCUGCUGGCAGGAACGAUAAGAUCUAAGCUGGCGAGGAGGCGCGGCGGCCCGAUUAAGAACUGAGUGGGCCGAGCGGCACGCAGAAAAACAACGGCUUCCUCUCUUUCUGGAAAGCCUUUUGAACAAACCGAGUGUUAACACUUAUUAAUCAUUGUGAUUCUUGACAGUUUUCUCUUGUAAGUGGACUUGUGGCUUGAGUCUCCUUUCAUGCAACUAAAAGUUUCAGUUCCAGAUCAAUUUGCCUCCCCCGCUCCCUUCCACAUCCCUAUGCCAACUUAGCCUUCCUCCUCUCUAUUUCUCUCCCCCUGCUCCUCCGCUUUUUGUGUUUUUGUUUUUAUAACAAAGUUUGGGUCUAAUUUGAUUUGCUUUGUUGUCACUCCCUAACUCCCUAACUAGUAGCAUGUUGUAAUAGUCUACUUGUGUGUGCACGAUUCUACAGAAACGGUUCUUUCUGGACACUAAUUUUCAGUUUGCCAAUCAUCUGUAAAGAAAUUGUCUAUAUCAGUGUUAUCUGUCUCCACAGAAGAGUUUAACUAUUUUUUUUUAUUAAUAUGCCCGCAUGAUAACUGCAGCAGUCCUCAGGAGAAAACCAGUUUUGCUUUCCUAAAAUAAAUGUAAAUCUGAUAACUUAAAGUUUAAACCGUGAAAGGAAAAUAUACAAAUAUCUCCUAAAGUGACGUAUCAGUUCAUGUUCUGCUACAGAAGGCAAGGCUACUUCAAGAUCUAUUGCUGCUAAUGAAUUCAUAGGUUUUUCUUCUCUUAAUGAGAUUUGCAAUAGGAUGCCCCUGUAGCUCCCCUCUGCCGUCUACUAAACAACCUUUAGAAGCAAAAUGUCUGAAAAUUGUGUCUCAGCAAGACCAGGCAGCGCUGGGUUCCUACUGUCAUCCAUGUAAUAUAUAGACCCCGCCCAGUCCGUACACAUUCAUCAUCGACAACCCCUAUAGUGCCGUCAGCCAGUGAUUUCUUACAAUCAUGCAAUGUGUCAACAUCGAAAAUACACGCUAACAUGCAAACAUGUGUAAAGAACAUUUCAUAUCUCAGCAGUGAAAAUGUGACCAUGGAUUGUUCCUGCUAGGAGUAAAUAUUUGUCCCUGUCCUUUUGCUAUUUCAUCUCAAGAAACAGGUUUUGUAGAGGAGGAGGAGGAAGACGGACAGUACUCUAAAGUGAGAAUAUGAUUUGUACAUAACGUCUGUACUGGAAUCAGUGUGGUAGUUAACUCAAAUGUAAGACAUUCCUCUAGGCUCCUCUUUCCUUACACUAGGAUGUUGAGAGUAUUUAGUUAACCAUGCCGUACUGUACUUGUGAUACCGAAGACAAAACAACACCUGGGGAAAAGCGAGUAAGAAAGAGAAUAAAGUUGCAAUGCUCUAGCCUUGAAGCCAGAAGAUAAGUGAUGAAGCUGCUAGCUCAUAGCCUGCAGGACAGAUAGUGAAAGGUCCCAUGACUCCCCUCACUGUCAUGAUAGUGAAGUACUUACUGUUCAUCAGCACCACAGGUUACCACGUGUUCAUUUUCUAUUUGUGUUCUUGAAUUUAAACUCAUCUAACUCAUUGGGUUGACAUUUCUUUCCUUUUUUUAAAUUAUUAACAUUGGUUUUUUUUCUAAUGCUUUUAACCAUUCCACAGUGAAGUUUUAUACGAGAUGUAACAGAGGGCAUUGAUUUCUUGAGUUGUAACCAGCUUUACUUGUGUUUAACCUUAUUUUGCACAUUAACACAUAUCUAUAGCAAGACAAGGGCAGAUCACACAUGUUGAGUCCAAGAUUAUUUCUGAGUAUCAGGAACACUGAUUAGAGCACAUAUCGAGGCUACACUGGAUAGCUAUUUAUGAGAAAGAAAGAAGUGAUAUUUAAAGGGACGACAUAUACACAAAUGUUUUAUUUCUGAUAUUGUUUGUGGAAAUAUUUGCUCUGUACAAAACAGCUGCUACAAUUGGCUCAAAAAUAAAGGGUGCCUCUGUCUCUUCAAGUGUGAUACAGCAGGGCAAUAAAAACUCUGGCCAACCAACCAGUAGUAGCCCAGUGUAUAUUAUGUAAAGACAAUAGGGUUGAGUGGGAUGAAACAGAGGUAGUCAUCGCCUGUUACAAGUAUCAGUGGAAUUAUUAGGUACGUGUCUUCGAUGUUUUCUAAAGUAUAGAAAACAUUUGCCUCAGAAGUCAAAAUGAGUGACCAUUUCAGAGCGUCACUGCCCUCAGGUCGGCCAACCUGCCAGUCAGAGAAACAAAAAACUUUUGAAAUUAGAAAAGAAAAAUGGUCUGUCUAGAAAAAUAAUAAUGAACAACCAUCUAUGCACUGAUCAGGCUCUAAGUGCAACACAUUAACCUCAGCGUACUGUGGGAGAUAUCAACAUGAAGACCUGUCAGAGCAAACAUUUUCACUUUGCUGACUAUUUUGCAGAGGUGUAUUAUUUUGGAUUGUGUAUUUAUUGUUUGCAAUGUAAAUAUUAGUUUGCAGCUCUUUGCACAUAUUAAUAAAAGGUUCAACUAACUGAUCAAAUAAAGACUGUGCGGUUUAGUUGUUCUACUGAGUGAACCAAAUGACGGUGGGGCAGCCUCUUCUGGUCUGAACUGGGAGAGCGUUGAAUGUACUAUGAAGUGUUUUUCCAGCGUUUGAAAAAAGAAAAAAAAAAAAAGAUGAAAAGAGAACUAAUAUGUUUCUCACUGCCUCUUUUUCAGAGGAGGUGAGUUACAUUAGUGCUUCCUCUUUAUGAGAAAGUGGUUUGAUUGAAAGUUUGCGUUGGACUUUAAGCAUAUUUACUCCAGCCACUUGAAUUAUAACAAAACAAGAGUGGUUUUAACUCCUUUUAUUUUUUUCUAAUAUCAGGGAAUAUAAUACAAAGUAGCUCGUGACAUCUUAAAAGACAGUUUAGUAAUGUUGUGCUGGUGUCUUUCUUCACAACACUGUUUUUUUCUUUUCUUCCGUUGAUGCCUUGCAAAACAAAACUACCCAUGAUAUUCUCCAUCUCCCCUCCUGACAUUAUAAUAUUAGUUUACUGCGUUCCCUCUGGAUUAGUUCAUAAAAGAAAACGACAAACCACGACAUUAACACUGUACAUUAUUUGUUAGACUGGUUUCAUUUUCAUACUUAUUUUGUAAAUAUCCGUGUUGUAUGGAGCUUGAAUUAAAAUGUAAAUAUGUUUACUGUAUUUGUAAUAAUUAUAAUCCAUUCGCUGUAUAGCAUAGAUGUGUCAUGCAGAUAUCCUAAUUCUGUGUAUGGUAAUCUUGCACCAUUGAACUGUUUAGUGAAUGAGGCAACAAUAAAAGUGCAAACUGUGCAUUAGCAGAACAA